GGAAGAUUUCCUGACGGGAAUAUUUUCAGCCGUCCAUUAGUGGAAGAGCGAGAGCGCCUUGGAUGUCAACACCUAACAGACUCUUUUGAGACCAGCCACCAGCCCACGAAAAGUGACUUUCUUCUCGAGUGCCCUCCACGGCCCUUCCGAUGGAAGCAGAAACAGGCAGCAGUGUGGACACUGGCAAGACAGCCAACAGAGGCACUCGCAUCGCCCUAGGCGUGUUCGUCGGCAGCACCCUGGUACUGGGCACGGUCAUCUUUCUAGUGAGUCAAGGUCUCUUAAGUCUCCAAGCUAAACAGGAGUACUGCCUGAAGCCAGAAUGCAUCGAAGCUGCCGCUGCCAUCUUGAGUAAAGUAAACCUGUCUGUGGAUCCUUGUGAUAAUUUCUUCCGGUUCGCUUGCGAUGGCUGGAUAAACAGUAAUCCAAUUCCUGAAGAUAUGCCAAGCUAUGGAGUUUAUCCUUGGCUGAGACAUAAUGUUGACCUCAAGUUGAAGGCACUUUUGGAGAAAUCAAUCAGUAGAAGGCGGGACACCGAAGCAAUACAGAAAGCCAAAAUCCUUUAUUCAUCCUGCAUGAAUGAGAAAGCAAUUGAAAAAGCAGAUGCCAAACCCCUGCUACACAUCCUGCGGCAUUCCCCUUUCCGCUGGCCCGUGCUUGAAUCCAAUAUCGGACCUGAAGGUGUUUGGUCAGAGAGAAAAUUCAGCCUUUUACAGACUCUUGCAACGUUUCGUGGUCAAUACAGCAAUUCUGUGUUCAUCCGUUUGUAUGUUUCCCCUGACGACAAGGCAUCCAAUGAACAUAUCUUGAAGCUGGAUCAAGCAACACUCUCUCUAGCUGUGAGGGAAGACUACCUUGAUAACAGCACAGAAGCCAAGUCUUAUCGGGAUGCCCUUUACAAGUUCAUGGUGGAUACUGCCGUGCUUUUAGGAGCUAACAGCUCCCGAGCAGAGCAUGACAUGAAGUCAGUGCUUAGAUUGGAAAUUAAGAUAGCUGAGAUAAUGAUUCCACAUGAAAAUCGAACCAGUGAGGCCAUGUACAACAAAAUGAACAUUUCCGAACUGAGUGCUAUGAUUCCCCAGUUUGACUGGCUGGGCUACAUAAAGAAGGUCAUUGAUGGGAGACUCUACCCCCACCUGAAAGACAUCGGUCCCUCAGAGAACGUGGUGGUCCGCGUCCCACAGUACUUUAAAGAUUUGUUUAGGAUAUUAGGCUCUGAGAGGAAGAAGACCAUUGCCAACUAUUUGGUGUGGAGAAUGGUUUAUUCCAGAAUUCCAAACCUUAGCAGGCGCUUUCAGUAUAGGUGGCUGGAAUUUUCACGGGUAAUCCAAGGGACCACAACGUUGCUGCCUCAAUGGGACAAAUGUGUAAACUUUAUCGAAAGUGCCCUCCCUUAUGUUGUUGGAAAAAUGUUUGUGGAUGUGCACUUCCAGGAAGAUAAGAAGGAGAUGAUGGAGGAGUUGAUAGAAGGUGUUCGCUGGGCCUUUAUUGACAUGCUAGAGAAAGAAAACGAGUGGAUGGAUGCAGGGACAAAAAGGAAAGCCAAAGAAAAGGCAAGAGCUGUUUUGGCAAAAGUUGGCUAUCCUGAGUUUAUAAUGAAUGAUACUCAUGUUAAUGAAGACCUCAAGGCAAUAAAAUUUUCAGAAUCUGACUACUUUGGCAACGUCCUGCAAACCCGCAAGUAUUUAGCACAGUCUGAUUUCUUCUGGCUAAGAAAAGCUGUUCCAAAAACAGAGUGGUUUACAAAUCCCACAACGGUCAAUGCGUUCUACAGUGCAUCUACCAACCAUAUCCGGUUUCCAGCAGGAGAACUCCAGAAGCCUUUCUUUUGGGGAACAGAAUAUCCUCGAUCUCUGAGUUAUGGUGCUAUAGGAGUAAUUGUUGGACAUGAAUUUACACAUGGAUUUGAUAAUAAUGGUAGAAAAUAUGAUAAAAAUGGAAACCUGGAUCCUUGGUGGUCUAUUGACUCAGAAGAAAAGUUUAAAGAAAAAACCAAGUGCAUGGUUAACCAAUAUAGCAACUAUUAUUGGAAGAAAGCUGGCUUAAAUGUGAAAGGGAAAAGGACCCUGGGAGAAAAUAUUGCUGAUAAUGGAGGCCUGAGGGAAGCUUUUAGGGCUUACAGGAAAUGGGUAAAUGACAGAAGACAGGGAGUCGAGGAGCCUCUCCUACCAGGCAUCACAUUCACCAACAACCAGCUCUUCUUCCUGAGUUAUGCUCAUGGUCAAUGGUGCAAUUAGUAACUUUGAAGAAUUCCAGAAAGCUUUUAACUGUCCACCCAAUUCCACAAUGAACAGAGGCAUGGACUCCUGCCGGCUCU